AUGGUAGCUGCUCCAUUUCAAACGCUGUGCUGUGUCCAGCCGGUGGAAAACCCACAACCUUUCCUCCUGGCAGCCUCCGGACCGUUAAUCUCCACAUUUAACCUCAAAGAUGGUUCAUUACUGAGUCAGUGGCCGCGGUCAAAGGAGGAGCGGAACCAGAUUGGCACCACAGCCGACGGCGACGCUGAUCGGCCAGCGAAGCGACAGAGGCUCGAGGAAGACGCCCCCGUAGAGCUCUCGCGAGAGGAGUCAGAGGAAUCCAUCGAGAUCAUUUCGGAGAGGAAAAAGGGUGAGCGACGGAGACCCAAGGUAGAACAUACUACGCUCCCGAACGUCUCUCAUAUCGUUGUCACCAGCAAUGGGAAGACGGUGAUCUGUGUCACGAGUGAGGACAAAUCAAUCACAGUAUUCGAUGUACAGUUAGGAGGGGUAUUGGAUUUGAAAAGCCGAAGGUCGAUGCCAAAAAGGAUAUGUACAGUCGUCCUGACACCAGACGAAAAAAACAUCUUGGUUGGGGACAAGUUUGGAGAUGUCUACUUGCUGCCAUUUCAUCCUACAGACGGCUGGACUCCGCCUUGCCCCAAAGAUGACCAACAACCAAAAUCUUUCGCGCCCUCGGCUACAGAGUUAACCGUGCAUACCAAGGGUAACCUCGAAGCACUGAAGCAGCAGCGGCUACAAAAGGCACCUCAAUCCAAGAAAGAUGGCCUUCAGUUCGAACACAAAUUGCUGUUAGGUCACGUCUCUUUGCUGACAGACGUUGCCAUUACCGAAGUCCCCGUUGGGCUCCAGACUCGCCAGUACAUCCUGACAGCAGAUCGCGACGAACACAUUCGAGUCUCUCGAGGAGUUACGCAAGCGCACAUCAUCGAGAACUACUGUCUAGGUCACCAUGAAUUUGUGACCACUCUGUGUAUCGUCCCGUGGGACUCGGACCUACUUGUGGCAGGCAGCGGAGAGCCUUCUCUGAAGGUGUAUCGCUGGCAGACUGGGCAAGUGCUUGACGAAGAGCUUUUCAACGGUGAUGUCAAACAAGACAUCGUCAGCUGUCUUGAUGUGGAACAUGGGGAGCGUUCACUAGAUCACCUAGCUGUGUCCAAGAUCUGGCCAGUCCACUACCCUGUCUCGGGACACUCGCCGCGGUCUACACGACCCCCGCGUUUGCUCCUCGUCGCCCUGGAAGGUGUUCCAAUUGUGUUGAGUUAUAGCCUCACUGACGAGGGUCGGCUGAAGCACCACCAGACUCUGACGGUGGGAGGCAAUGUGCUCGACGUCGGUGUAGGCCCAGCACUCUGGGAAAUUGUCGUCAGUAUUGAUACCAUCCACAAGCCCGGGUCGAUGAAAGUCCUUCACCCGGAAGAAGUACCGAAAACAGAUCACUUUGAGACGUUCGGGCUGUUCUCAAACCUGCCUGAUGAUACAAGCGUUGAGAACAGUCAAGCGGAAGUGUCACUGGAGGCAGAGUUGCGGUGGGAGCGGUCGAGUCUGGCAAUGCUAUUAAACAAUACCGCUGCAACAGUCGAGAGGGGCAAUCUUCCAUCAGAACCAACACCACAGAAAGACAAGAACAAAAGCAACUUUAGUCCGGCCGGGGAGAUCUUGUACGGACUCGAAAACUUGAGGAAGAAGAGAGGUCAGGCUGCUGUCGAAGCCGAGCAAGAAGAAGCGGGCGAGGAAGAGACUGUUCCACCGGAUGCAGAAGGCAACGUCUGA